AUGUCCUCCACCCCUUCUCAGCCCCCGCCGCCCGCCGCCGCCUCCGCCGCGGCGUCGGACCCCGCCACCUUUGCCCACAUUGAGAAGUACAUCGCGACGCGCUGCAACGCCUCCCCCAUCUACGCCUUCCUCUUCGGGCCCGGCCUGCGGCUCACCCAUGCGUCCAAGGGCCUUGUCAUCGCGCGCCUGCCCGUCGCGGCGGAGCACCUCAACACGGCCGGCAGCAUCCACGGCAGCGUCUCGGCGACCGUCGUCGACUGGGCCGGCGGGCUCGCCAUCGCGUCCUGGGACAUGCGCGAGGCGACCGGCGUCAGCGUCGACAUCAACGUCAGCUACCUGUCCGGCGCCAAGCUGGGCGACGAGGUCGAGAUCGAGGGCAGGGUUGAGAAGCUCGGCGGCAGCCUGGCCUUCACCCAUGUCAACAUCUACAAGGUCGCCGCCGACGGCACGCGGGGCGCCACCGUGGCGAGCGGGAGGCACACCAAGUUUGUGAGGAGCCGGUAG